AUGAGUGAAGACCGGAGUACAAGUAUAGAAAGUGUACAUUCUCUUGAAGAAGAUGAAAUAACUCAAACAAGAAUGAAAUCACAGUGUCAUCAAGACAAAGAGACUGGUAUCGCUAAAAAUGGGAGUUUCAAAGAAUUAGCUCACACGGAUUCUGCUUCUGCAACAUCGGAUAGUGACAUAGAUCAAGAUGAUAAACCUCAUAUGGACUAUCCGGAUGGCGGCCUUAAGGCCAAUACAAUAGUUUUAGCAUGCUGGAUCGGGUUUGUGUCCAACUUUGGGCUUAUAAACUCGACUGGUGCAAUAGAGUCACGCGUACAGCAAUAUAUUCUAACGGAAAAUACGGCGACAGAGAUUUCAUGGAUAUUUUCGAUAUUCUCUUUUGUGGCCUUCGGCUGUAAUCUUAUAUCUGGUCGUUUGUUUGACAAAUACGGUGCUAAAACCAUUUCCAUAAUAGGGAGUAUUCUUCUGGUCGGCGGAUUGUUUGCCACUGCAAACUGUCGCACAUUGGUCGAGUUCAUACUUGGAUUUGGAAUAUGCUGUGGUGUGGGAUGUGCAUUAUUGAUGGCUCCAAAUGUUAGCGUUAUAGGACAUUAUUUUGACAAACAUCGUGGAAUUGCGAUGGGUAUUGCGAUGUCCGGAGCAUCGGUUGGUGGAAUUGUCUGGCCAUUGCUAUGCCUUGGACUCUAUGACAAAGUUGGCUAUACGUGGACGAUUAGGAUUUUGGCAUUUGCCAUGCUGCUUCUCUUGGGAAUAUACUGCAUUCUUAUUGAUGAUCGCAGAAAAGAGGUGGCACAAUACAGUACAGAGUUGAAGGCACAGAGAUUAAGAGAGCGGGAGAAAUUAGGCAUCUGCGAAGUGUCAUUUUCACGGAAAAUAGCCAAUAAAAUGUUUCUUACACGGAAAUUACUCAGUACUGCUCAUAAAAUACAAGAUGCCGUUGACUUCUCUAUGCUCAGGGACCUCACAUAUGAUUUUUUAGUUCUUGGAGUUUUUCUAAACGAGUUUUCCCUUCUUUUAGUGUUUACCUACAUUCCGACAUAUGCCAUUAGCGAGAACUUUUCACAGUCAACCGGAUUACUAGCGUUGAUCAUUGUUAAUGCCACUGGUGUCGUCGGUAGAUACGUACCUUCCUACAUCGCUGAUAAAUAUGGUAACUUCAACAUUAUAACAGUUUCAUCUUUUUUUAUGUCUUGUUUUAUUUUUGUUCUUUGGGUUCCAUUCGGAAACUAUUAUGGCUGCUUUAUGACAUUUGCUGGACUUUUUGGCGUUGCCUGUGCAUCGACUUUAGUUUUGACACCACUUUGCACUUCAGAAAUAAGCGAGCCACAGAAUUACGGUAAAGCAUAUGGUACAUGCUAUUUCUUUUGCGCUUUUGGAAAUCUUAUAUCUCUUCCAAUUGGAAUGGCCUUAACCGGAUCCAAUGGUAACUAUCAAAACAUGGCAAUCUUUAGUGGUGUUACAUCGGCCAUCGGAACUAUCGCUUUCGCUUCAGCCAGAUACAGAUUAGGAGGAUUUAAACUUGUUGCUGUCUAG